AUGUCGCUGAACGGCCUCGACAAUGCGACCGUCAAAGAGGCCCACGACGCUGCGGUCUCUGAACCCGGAGGCUGGUUCCUUUUGAAAUAUACAAGUCGCGACGAAGUCGGACUACUUGGGCGAGGUAGUGGCGGCAUUGUUGAAAUCCGGAAUGCCAUUGCCCAUUACGAAGAAGCUUCCCCCUUGUAUGGCUUUCUCAGAUACCGGCGGAGAAACGUCAUAGUCAAAUAUCUGCCAGAGGAUUGCUCUCGGCUGGUCCAAGCCCGCGUCACUGUCCACUUCACUGCCGUCUGCGAACGCCUUGCGCCGUACAACACAACCUUUUCGAUUGGCAAUGCGAAAGAGCUUAAGGACACAAAACUGUCCGCUGCGUGCUCCCUCCACACGGCUUCGAGCUCCACCUCUUCGUCAACGAGCUCCUUGAGAAGAAGGAGGCUAGUGGAGAUUGCAGAAGAGGAGGAAGAGGAACAACGGGCCACGAAACGACAGUCCGUCGUGAAAGAGGAGGGACGAACAGGUCCACAAGAUGAGACUGGCACGUCUGAAUUAACAAUGCUUCAACCCACUGUCCCACCGGUUACUUUGAACUCACAGCUAGCAAAGUCGCCCGAUGAAUCUCAAUUUUCUGGGACAACUGAUCCGCCUUCUUUUACUGGUGUCGAACGACCUUCCUCGCCCGCCAAAUCUCUCGAUGCGCGCCGCAUGUCUUCGCAACUGACACGACCUGAGAUGUACAGCUAUUCAUCUUACCCCUAUGGCAAACCGAAGGUCAAGCUAGCCCCUCGCCCCUCGUUGGAUACGUCAGGGCGGCCACGCACGUCUGCAGGCACGGGUACCUACCGACCCGUCUCUGCCAUCCCCGCUGGGUUCAAACUGUUUUCUAAGGGAUCUCGAAAGGGCAAGGGCGACGUGAAGCUUUCGGGAAGCUCCACAGAGCAAAUUGAUGAGGAAGACAAAGGAGAUGAUGCCACCUUGAUUGUAACCAAAGUCGCAGCUAUCUCGGUGCCAGUAAACCCUCCCGAGACUUUAGAUGUGCAUCGACCACAUACAAGCGGUGGCCGGCCCGCGUCUAGCUCCGGUAUUUCAAUCAAAUCCACUGCGACGACCACAGCGACAACUGUGACAAAACAAAACACGAUGACGCCAGAGAAAGCGCGGCUCAUGAAAGCUAUGAAAUUGCGCGAGAAGAAAAAGAAGAUGACAAUCCAACCACCCAUACCUAUCCCGACCGUCGACAUUAGUGAGGCGCCCACUGGGGAAGUAGUUGGAAGCAUACUCCAACCUGAAGAGCCGUCCAAUAUGGCGCCUGCCACGGGAGUGUCGCACACGGGAAAUUUGGAAGAUCUGCCAAAUAUUGACAGACUGAGCUCCGGCAAUAACUUCACAUCCGGAGUUGGCUCUGGAGACCUGGCGGUUGAUACCGGCUUACCUGCAGCCAUGGACCAGAUCUCAAUAGAGACGCACACCACGGAUUCGCACCCAGCCUCCCCAUUGGCCAUGUCUUCAGAAAUCGGCGAUUCCACCAAAGCCUCUUCACUAUCUGAAUCCACUGAUGAAACAGUUCAGGCACUACGGGACCUCAAAGUAGAGACAGGCGUGACCUCCCACCAUGAUUCAACUAGUCCAGGCAAUCCUACGUCGACGAUAGAAUCUAGCGAGCCUUUAUAUCCUGGUGGCGGCACUGAAAGUUAUAAGUCUCGAGCGGAAGGGCAUGGAUCAGUCAGCAGUGGCCCCGUGGUGCAGUCUGAAGAACUUCCUGGCUCUGGUAUGGCCGAACACGAUGCUGAUGAUGGGGUAUUUCUCGGAGAAGACCAGCUUGUCACGUCGAAGUCUUACUUGGACAAAGCUGCGGCUUUCAACAGCGCACCCGUGCUGGAAUCUGCUGACGCACUUGUGUUCGCCGAGCGGACGGCCCGAGCACCUAUCGACGAAGCUGGAAUCGAGUUCACAGAUUCGAGCCGCCCAACUACAUCAACCACUUCCGAAUUUACCGCCGACUUGGAGGAUGAGACAUUAGUGCCAUCGACCAUGGUCCCUGUCAUCACUGCACCUGAACCGAGAGACAGCCAGUCAACAAUCGGGCUCGAGACCAGUGACACCGCGUCUAUGGAUACCAAGCGUGCGAGACGUAGGGCCUUGGUGGACCCGAUCCAAACUAAUUUGGGUGGUGGCCUGGAAAAUGAUGGGGCACGUUCUGAUGCGAAUCUCUCAGAUGACGAUGAGUUAAUGGAGGAACUUCAAUCAGCAACUUUCCAACAGGCCAAGCCAAUGACUGUGUCAAAAUCACCCAUCACUCCCGUGUUCCCAAACACCAGCCCUUCAAAGCAUAGAGUUGCCGAUGACGAAGUCUUUGGCCGUGUUGCUCGGACCGUUUCCAGUCCUGUUCGCGGUUCCUUGCUGGUCCCUGGAGAUGCUUCAGCGGGCGCGGCAAGGUCCGUCUCAUCGAAUGCGACCUUUCUACAAAAAAUUGCCCAACAGAAAGCGUCAAACCUUGCCCCGAAAAAAACAAAUCUCGGGUCGAGCAUUUCUCAAAGAAUAAAGGCCCUUGAGAAGCUAUCAGGGGGCACCUCUGGUUCAGCUGUAGAAGCCCCAGCACGCGCUGAACGACCGACCUCUACAUUCUUUUCAGUUCACAAACCUGGUGGUCGUGACCCGUCUCAAUCUCCCUCCGUUGCUGAGCGGGCAUCGUCGCUGACUCGAGACAAAACUCCAUCCCCACCCACUUCACGGGAAUCAACUCCAGAAAUGCAUAGGCUAACAUCACGAGACCGAUCGGGCUCGAUGGCAAGCCGACUUUCUGUGUUUGAAAAUGGCAAUCCACCGAGAGGGCGACCAGAGUCUGUUCAAGUAAAGGCCCGGAUUAUUCGUGAUCCAACACAGCCAUUCCCAAAGCUGACUGAAUCACAUUUUGAUCCGAUUGAUACGAACCAGCUACAAUUCAAGCAAUCCCCUCUUGUUGUCGAUCAUCAAAAGGCAACCCCUAUGCUCACCUCGGCUUUUACAGAAAUAUCCGGCCUAUCAGUUGCAGGCUUGUCCACGGAAACUGAACGCAAGAAGGAGAGCAUAUUGGAACGCCGGGCGUCAAAGGAGAAGCGGCGUUCGCAAUCCCAGGAUAGGUCGACGAUUGCGGAUGGCUCGGAGGAUACACGACCACGUCGGCGGUCAUCUUUGUCAAUCGUCAAAGACUUCAUCAAGGACCGCCGCGGUUCAGUUAUGGCGUCACGCUCUCCCUCGACCGACAACCUCAACACCACCAACCUUGCUUCCCCUGCCUCUUUGUUUUCACACUCGAAGUCGCCUUCACGACCACCCUCCGUACACACUACGCAUGGGUUAGCACGCCGCCUUAGCAUCUCCAGCCGCCGCUCAACAAGCAAGGAUCGAGACAUGAUCACCCCACCCACCAACACUCCCCUGUCGCCAUCUCUUAUGACGGAAACUAGUGGCUCUGGGGAUGAAAGCAAAUCAUUCACGAGCGAACUCGGACAUAAGAAGACCAGCUCUGGGGGUAAAAAUCGGGCAUCUCGUUUCAUACGCAGACUGUCGAGCUCUCUUACCACAGGCCGGAAGUCAACAACACCCACCAUUUCGCCCACUGUUGCCGAGGAAGAGGAGGCAUCUAGUACAACCGCCGCACCAAACCAAGGAGACCUAGUUAUCCAGUCCAAUGCCAUUUCAUGUGUCGGUGAUGUGAAUGUCCAAUUUCCGGACAAUCUACUUUGGAAACGCCGCACUAUGUGCCUCGAUUCGCAAGGAUUUUUGAUUCUCAGCACGGGAAACAGUGUUGGCGCACCGGGAAUUGAUAAACCAGCUGGCACUGUGAAGCGGUACCAUAUCAGUGACUUCCGAUUGCCAUAUAUUCCCGAGAUGGAAGUGCAGGAGCUUCCCAAUAGUGUGUGUUUGGACUUUGUCGAUGGUUCUGGCUUGCAAAUCGCAUGCGAAGAUCGUGCUGGCCAGCUGAAUAUUCUUCACGUUCUCCAAGAUGCUCAUCAGGGCCAUACGUCCUUUGGCCAGUGA